UAACAGAUUUGAAACAAAAUGGGCGCCGCAACGAAGAGCUUCCUUUGUUUGGCUGUGUUCCUAAUUUCAAGCAAUGCUCAACCAGUAAAAGAGCAAUUGACAAUAGAAGAAGUUACGCCUCUGAUAUUAUUCAGGGAGUCAAAACCACUACAGCUCCAGCCCGAAUGUCGUAUUGCUUCCAGCUCUUCAAAAGUUGAAUUCACCUGGCAAAAGGACGGCAAGCCUUUGAAAUACCAACCAACUGCAGAAGGUCUUGUGAUCCCCAAACCCAGCGCAGAAGACGAGGGACAAUACCAAUGUUUUGCCAAAACCAGUCUAGGCACUGCUACCUCCGGCAUUAUCAGUCUUCGUAGAACUUAUCUUAACAUUCCUUCUAAAGUUAUCAAAGCCAAAUAUACACCUGAAGAAGGCAAACCCUUUAAGCUGGACUGCCCAAUCCCAGAAGCACAUCCGAAACCUGCAAUCUUGUGGACUUACGAAGUUACUACUCCAAGAAUCACAACAGGUCCAGAUGGUGCUUUGUAUUUCUCUAACGUGACUAAAGAAGAUGCGAACAAUACGAAAUAUGUUUGCGAUACGGUAUCUCCGGCUUAUGAUCACCGAAUUAACUUGUACGAAUACGAGCUUGAAGGUAUCAAAGAGAACAAGGAAAAGAGUGGUGGGCUGGUACCCCAGUUUUUAAGUCAGGAAAUGACUGUAGAAGCUGGACUUCCUGCUAUGCUCUACUGCAUUUACGGUGGCACACCUCUUGCGUAUCCCGACUGGUUUUUCGAAGGCAAAAAUGUAAACGGCAAGCCCGGUGACCGUGUCACCCGCCACAAUCGCACUGGAGGCAAAAGACUGCUGAUCAAGAACGCCUUACUUAGUGACCAAGGCACCUAUACCUGCGAAGCCAACAACGAGAUCGACAGACCUCAGAGGCAUACAAUUAAGCUGAAUGUUGUCGCUGCACCAAUGUACCUGAAGAAGCCAGAAUCUGUCAUCUCUGCUCCAGCUGGCCAGGAUAUCAUUGUUAACUGCGAGGUAGAAGGUCGACCAGCACCACAGAUCUCAUGGACCUACAAUGCACAGCCUCUAAAGGAGAGUGACAUAAUAUCCAUCAGCAAUGGUCCCUCAGAAGAGACCAGAACCGCCGCGAAGUUAACAAUCAAGAAAGCUCAAAAAAGCAACAUUGGUUACUACGGCUGUAGAACUGAAAAUGAACAUGGUGUAUCAUACGCUGAGAGCCUAAUAGUUAUUUCUUAAAGCCACCAUAAAAAAGUACAAUGAAAUUUGUACCUUAAGUACAUUAUUUACAAAAUGA